CCUAACCAAGAAUAAGAACAGAAUAAAAAAAAAUUGAGAACUCCAUGCGGAAAAAAUCAGGGCAGCGAUGCUGACGCUGGGUGACAGCACCCUGGCGGCGCUGAUUCAGUCAGACGACUUCCUUCCCUCGCAAUCCUCGAGAGAGCCCCUGAAGGAGGCCUCCCCGAACCUCCCCCAACCCUCCAGAACCUCCAAACCCACCCCCCAGGCCUCAAAAUCCAAAGAAAACACAUCCUUGGAAGCUUAUUUCAACGAGAGCCUCGUCCUCUCGCGCUCCAGGUACACCCAGUGCACGCAGAAGCCCCCCCUGACGCCCCCCAGGUCCUCAAAACGAAAGAAAACCUCGAGAAACCCCUCCCCAUCUAUCGAAGCAUCCAACAACGUCAUUAACACCUCGUCAUCCCCACAAAAGCCUGCAAUACCUUCACGAGAUGAACCCCAGGGUGAGGCCGACCUCCAAAUUUCCAAUCCCUCAUCAUCGAGGCAGGAGGGACAACCCCUCACCUCUAGAACCCCCAGCAAGACAUUAACAAUCCUGAAAAAUCCAAAAUUCCCCCUUCGUGCAAGAAAUCUUCAGAAAAACCCAACGAUUCCCUCAGGGUCAUCCCCAGAUCUCUCAAAAUCGUCGUCUGCUAGACGUCAGGAGCAUCUCCAGGCCCUUCAUAAACCCUCGGCCUCAUCUUCACGAGGAGAUGCUCCAAAAAAACCCAAAAAUCCUGGUAUCAAACCUGAGUCGUCGUCUUCAUCGUCUUCUAGACGUCAAGGUGACCUCACGGUCCCCCAGAAGCCCUCGUCGUCCUCGAAGAAUCCCAAAAACCCGAGUAUUGUUUCCCAUUCAUCAUCUCCUGCAGAACCUCAGGAAAAUUUUCAACCUCUCCAAAACCCUCCUCCAUCAUCCUCAGGAUCAUCUCCAGGGAAAAACUUGCUCAGGGCCUCGAGAAUUCACUCCCCCUCGUCAUCGUCAUCCCAAGGGCCUUCAAAACCCUCGGCUUCCGGUCGGAAUGUUCCCCAGAACCUCGAAAACCCCUCGCCAUCGUCCUCGAGGUCAGAAUCCUUGAACCCUUCGUCGAUCCCUUCGCCCUCGCUGGUGUCUUCCCAGGACCGCCUGAAGCUGUCCUCCUGGGGUCUUCCGCUAACAAUCCUCCUGAAGUACCACUCGAGGGGCCUCCAGUCCAUGUUUCCCUGGCAAGUAGCUUGUCUCUCCACCCCCAACAUCCUCAGCAACUCCAAGAACCUCGUCUACUCCGCCCCGACCUCCGCCGGCAAGACCCUCGUCUCCGAAAUCCUCGUCAUCAAAACCGUCAUCGAGCGCCGCAAGAAGGUCAUCUUCAUCCUGCCGUUCGUCUCGGUGGUCCGCGAGAAGAUGUACUACUUCCAGGACCUCCUAUCAGACUCCGGGGUGCGCGUGGAGGGAUUCAUGGGAGGAGUCCAGCCCCCGGGGGGGUUCUCCUCCACCGACGUUGCGAUAGCAACGAUCGAGAAAGCGAAUUCCCUGAUCAACCAGAUGAUGGAGGCGGGAGGGCUCGUGGACCUCGGAGCAGUCGUCAUAGACGAGCUGCACCUCCUGGGGGACCCCUUCCGAGGCUACCUCCUGGAGCUCCUCCUGACUAAACUCAAGUACAUGUCCCUGAAGGAAGAAAACGUGCAGAUCCAGCUGAUAGGUAUGUCCGCGACGCUCCCCAACCUCGACGUCCUGGCCAAAUGGCUGGACGCGGAGCUCUUCAAGACGGACUUCCGUCCGGUGCCGUUGAAGGAGCUCUGCAAGAUAGGCGUCACCCUCUACGACGACCGCCUGGCCCCCCAAAAAUCCCUGACCCCGCGCGCCGACCUCCCCCAAGACCCCGACGACAUAAUCGCCCUCUGCUUGGAGACGUUGGCGGACGGCCACAGCGUCCUGAUCUUCUGCCCCACGAAGAACUGGUGCGAGACUCUGGCGCGUCAGAUCUCCAGCUCGUUCUCCCACCUGGGGCGAGCGGACACUGCGGUCGGCCGGAGCUUGCGCUCCCAACUGAACACCGAGGCGAUCAUGGACACCCUGGAGCAGCUGAAACGCUCCCCCUGCGGCCUCGACGGAGUUCUGAGGUCGACGGUCUCCUUCGGCGUGGCGUACCACCACGCAGGGCUGACCCUGGACGAGCGCGACGUCAUCGAGGGGGCCUUCCGCUCCGGCGCCCUGCGGAUCCUCACAGCGACGUCGACCUUGAGCAGCGGCGUGAACCUCCCAGCGCGGCGCGUCAUCAUCCGGACGAUAAUGUUCCACGGGCGCCCAAUCGACACCUUAACAUACAAACAGAUGAUCGGCCGCGCCGGGAGAAUGGGAAAGGACACAGCGGGCGAGAGCAUCCUCAUCUGCAAGCCGAACGAGCAGCCGGCGCUGAAGAACCUCUUGAAGUCCUCCCUUCAGCCCAUCGAGUCCUGCCUGCAGGGACCGGGGCCCCUGGUCCGCAGCCUCCUGGAGGCAGUGGCGUCCGAGGUGGCCUACACCCUCGACGACAUCCUCCUGUACACCAGGUGCACCUUGCUGAGCUUCACAAAACUCCCCGAGGAGGUGGAGACCUCCACGAAGUCCGCUGUCGACUUCCUCGUGGAGAACGAGCUGCUCCUCCCCCAGAUCUCCAAGUCCGGGGAUCGACGGUGGGUGGCGACGCAGCUCGGCAAGGCCUGCCUGGCGGCUUCAGUCCCCCCGAAGGAUGGCCUCUUCCUCUUCGAGGAGCUGCAGAAAGCGAGGAAGUGCUUCGUCCUGGACACCGAACUCCACGUGAUCUACCUCGUGACGCCCAUCAACUCCAGCAGUCUCAUCGGCCAGAUCGACUGGUACAUCUUCCUGAACAUCUGGAGGGACAUCUCGGACAGUGAGAGACGCGUUGGACAGCUGGUGGGGGUGAGUGAGACCUUCAUCCUGAGGGCGACGACGGGGAAUGUCAGGCAGGGAAAGACUCUGGACGUGCACAAGCGCUUCUACACGGCCCUCGCCCUCCACGACCUCGUGCGGGAGGUCCCCCUGAACGCCGUCUGCAGGAAGUACUCGUGCUGUCGAGGGGUCAUCCAGAGCCUCCAGCAGACGGCUGCGACCUUCGCGGGGAUGGUGACGCAGUUCUGCAAGAAACUCGGUUGGAACUGCGUGGAACUCCUGGUGUCGCAGUUCCAGGCGCGACUGCAGUUCGGCGUCUGCAGGGAACUGCUGGACCUCCUGAGGCUGCCGUCGCUGAAUGGACUGAGGGCCAGGAGCCUCUUCAAGGAGGGGAUCACCACGGUUGCGGAGCUGGCGGCUGCUGAUGAGCUGGACGUCGAGAGGGCGCUGCACAAGGCCCUGCCCUUCGAGAGCGAGAGGGAUCAGCUGGGGGAGGACGGCGUCGACGCCGAGAGGAGGAGGCAGAUGAGGACCAUCUUCGUGACGGGGAGGGACGGGCUGACCCCUCGGGAGGCUGCCGUCCUCAUCGUGAAGGAGGCCAGGGUGAUGGUGCAGCAUGAGCUGGGGGUGGAGGACGUCCACUGGGGGAAGAGGAGUGGGUCUGGGAGUGGAGUGCAGAGCUCUUCUGGCUCGCUGUGCACCAUUGACGAUGGGGACGUCGUGGUGAGGGUGGGCUCGGGGCUGGAGAGCCUGAGCUCGUCUGAAAGGGGUUUUAAUGGGAGGGGGGACGUCUCUGAGGGGAAUAGGACUGCGGGACUUCCCGGGCGUGCUGAAGCCGGUGGAAACGAUGUUCGAGAGCCUGAGAAAAACGAUGUUCAGAGUCCUGGGGGGGUUAUUUCCAUAAAAAAAACUACAGAUGAUGAGAAAUUAGUUGAAGUCUCAGCAGAAUCAUCGAGACCCCCAGUGGAGCCAUCGAAGACCCCCAGGGCUUCCUUGCUGAGGACGUCCCUGGCCAAAUCCUCAACAUCCAGGAGCCCAAGUCUCUUCGGCGACAGUUUAGGCCUCGACACCGAGGAAUACGGCAUCCUGGAGCAGAACGUCAUCGACCUCGACAACUCCGUCUUCUCGGAGGUGGAGCUGUCGUCCUUCAACCUCCCAGGAACAUCGGGGAAUCGAUCUAACAAUCGGACCGACGAAUUCGUGAGGCCAGAGGCGCCGCAGUCCCGUCCAGCGUCAGUUGCUGAAGAGAACCGCAGUAAGUCCCUGGUCUGGGACGAGGACUCCUGGAACAACACGAACGCAGUCCUCGAGAGGCUGAAGAAACUGAGGACUCCACCGAAAUCGCAGAAGGGUAAGCUCGUCUCCAAGGGGAAGUCGAGCCUGGAGAAGGUGAAGAAGACCUCGAAGAGGAAAUUGAGGAGUCCAGGGGUGGAAAAGUCCCCGAUCAUCAACGUGAUAUCCUACAGCAGUCCUGGGGGGCUGUCGACGGGGUCCAACAGGUCUGAGGACGACAUAAUCGUCGCCUCCCAGAGCGCAGACAGAACGGGGAGCGCCAUGAGGACGAGAACCAGGAUGAAGCUGGAGUCCAUGAGGAUCAGGACCCAGAGGACGGCCACGAAGACCCAGGCGACGAUCCCGAAGGUGUUGGUUCGUCAGCCGAUAGCCGACCUGAAGACUUUUGUCUGCGAGGACUGCAGCACCGAGAGCAUAAUCGUGAACUCCGACGACGAAACCCAGAGGAAGAUGAACCCAUCAAGAGCGAAGACUGUUCUCAAGACCCAGAAGGAUCAGAAGGUGCGGGAGAAGCUGAAGAGGCCGGACUUCGAGGACCUCGAGAUCGUCAACAUCAGGGAGAAGGCGAAAUUCAGUGAAUUCAAGGAGAAACUGGCCUCCAAGUCCGAGAUCUCGGUGGCGCUGGCCUGCGAGACGUACCUGAAGGACACGAUUACGAUUGGGACGAAGAUAAUCGGGGCGUCGAGCCUCCAGGAGCCGGGGAAACGCUCGAGAAGAGUUGAGACCUGCGUUCACAACGACAAACGCCUCUGCGGGGUGGCGAUGUCCUGGGGGAAAUCCGUGUACUUCCUCUCGUUCGAGAACUCGGAGGCCAACAGAGUCCCCAUGAAGGAGCGGAUGGCGCUCUUGACUGAACUGCUGGGCUCGAGACUCGUCGUCAGGUGCUUCUCGACGAAGGAGACUUACAGGACGCUCUUCAGGUGCUGUGGGAUCGCCCCCUCCUGCAGGUUUCUGGACCCUCGGGUGGCGGAUUGGCUGCUGAACCCAGACUCCCCUGAGAAGACCUUCACCAAUUUGGUUCACGAGCACCUGCCGGAGGGCCUGGGUCUCCUCCACCGACUGGGGCCGUUGUCAGGGCCCUCAGGGCCGGGUUUGAACGUCAAGAGCUCGACCCCCAGUGACCUCAGAGCCUCCACAGAAGCUCUCCUCACCUUCUGGAUGCAGCAGGGGCUCUCGAAAAAACUGGAGAAAAUUUCCACGAGACUCCCGAGGACGUUUCAAGAGCUGGAGAUGCCGACGGUGGUUUUACUGUCGAGAAUGGAGCUCACAGGCCUCGGAGUGAACCUCCAGGCCCUCCAGGAGCUCUCCUCAGUGAUCCAGGACGAGCUCUCCUCGAUAGAGUCCAAAGCUUACGCUCUAGUAGGGAAAAAAUUCAACUUCUCCUCGUCGAAGAGUGUCGCUGGAGUCCUGGGGAUGGACACCACGAAGAAGGUCUGCACCAAUAAGGCAGUUCUCGAGGCCUCGGCCCACCCAAUUGCCAAACUGGUGGCCACCUGGAGGAAGCUCUCCUCCACGCACAGCAAGAUGAUCUGUCCCCUGUUGAACCUCGCUGAGAAGUCCUCGAGGAUCCACGGGACCUGCGUGACCCACACGGCGACCGGGAGGGUCUCCAUGCACGAGCCGAACCUCCAGAACGUCCCCAGGGACUUCGACUCCGCCGACAGCAGCUUCGUCGUCAGCGUCAGGAUGGCGUUCGUCUCGAACGUGGGGAACGUCAUUGUCUCGGCUGACUACUGCCAGCUGGAGCUCAGGAUCCUCGCGCACUUCUCCGGGGAGAAGAAGCUCCUGGAGGUCCUGAGGAAGCCUGGGGAUGUCUUCAGGAACAUCGCUGCCAGGUGGUACAACGAGGACGAGGCGAAGGUCGACGACGGGAUGAGGCAGAGGACCAAGCAGCUGUGCUAUGGCAUGAUCUAUGGGAUGGGGACGAGGAGCCUCGCAGAGACUCUCCAGGUCGACGAGGCUGAGGCGAAGGUCUUCGUGGAGACCUUCAUGAGGAGUUAUCCUGGCGUCAGGGCGUGGCUCGCUGAGGUGGUGGAGGAGGCCAGGAGGGAUGGCUUCGUGGAGACGCUGAUGGGGAGGAGGAGAGCCCUUCCAGCGCUGAGGAGUGAUGCUCCUGGGGAGAGGGGACAGGCCGAGAGGCAGGCGGUCAACACCAAGGUCCAGGGGUCUGCGGCGGAUCUCGCGAAGAAGGCCAUGGUGGACGUCGAUGCCAGGAUGGCCAGGGAGUUCGAGGGCGGAUUCGUCAUGCCUCAGAUGCCUGUCAGGAGGAAACUCAGGAGCAGCAGGGACGGCGGGCCGAAGGGGGGCUUCCUGGUGCUGCAGCUCCAUGAUGAACUUAUUUAUGAGGUCAGUCAGAGGGACCUGGGAAGGGUCGUCAGGAUCAUCAGGGAGGGGAUGGAAGGCGUGGCUGGGGUGGGACUUAAGGUUCCACUACCGGUGAGGGUCAAGGUGGGGACCGCCUGGGGAAAUCUUGAAGAGUAUCAAGGGGUUUAGGGGUCUUGAAAUUUUUUAAAGAUUCUAUUGAAUUGUGCCAAAUUAGUUCAUUCCAUUACAUGGAUUUUUUUAAUUAUUCAUUGUUGAUUGUAAAUAUUCUCUCAUUAAUAAUUCCAUCAGAUUUUUUAAUACACUUCUGUUAGUUUUUGCUAAAUUAUUUCAUUCCAUCAGAUGGAUUUUUUAAAUUAUUGAUCAUUAAUUGUAAAUAUUGUCUCUCAUUACUAAUUCGAUCAGAUUUUUUACACGCUUUUUGUGAAUUGAUGGGUUUCAGUGCUUUUAAAGAAUUGAUAAUAUUAAGAUGAAGAUUUUUUAUGCUUCAGAUUUAUUUUAAUGAAUUUAGAAUAUAGACUGAUGAUAUUGGUCGUUCAAUUUUUAUCAUAUUGAAUGAUUUGAAUGGAUUUAUUGGUGGAUAGCUAGGAUAUGAACGACUGAUUUCUAGGAUUGUAAAACAGGAAAAUCAUGUAUUCUUUAUAAAUUAAAUUUUUUACUCUCUAA